AUGGCACUGUGGGCAUCCAUCAUGCCCAUAGACACCGCCAAGACGCGCAUCCAGACGGCCGCCGCCGGCAGCGCGGCCGCAAGGAUGGGCCUCCUGGCGACGAUGCGCGCGCUUCAUCGCGAGGGUGGCGCGAACAAGCUGUACGCCGGCCUCAGCCCGGCGCUGGCGCGCGCCUUCCCCGCCAACGCGGCGCAGUGGCUUGUGUUUGAGCUCUGUGUCAAGUACAUCGGGCGCUGGACCCACGACGCGCCCCCACACCCCCACAAGCUGGAGGCGCAGGCGGCCGCGCACUGA